ACCAUAAAAUUUCAACGUCACACGUCGUUUGUCAAAAUAAUAUUCGGUUCGUUUUUUGUUUGAAAAAUAUGUGAAAAAUUUUAAUUUAAAAUUCCUGUGAAAAAAAAUGUCGUCGAUGCCGCCUGUUGGUGAGCCUUACCAGACUUACGCCGGUCAAAAUCCACCGCAAGGCUUGAAUUUAAGCUUCGAAGAUGUCUCGAAUUACAAUAGCUUUAUGGAAUCGCUGGUUACUCUGCUAAACGAAGCUGCCGCAUGCAUGCAACAAGUGAGAGAAAGAGCUGGUAUUGCCUCAGGAUGUUCAUCUCCAGUUAAGAUGAGCGAAGAUGAUAAGAAGCUUAAAAUGAAUGAAAUUCUCCAGGCUCUAUCUGUCAGCUUCUUGAAUGCAAGCGCGCCAACCCUGAGUACGGCACAACUCCGACAACCCGGGCAGAAUCUUCGUUGCAAUCUCAAAGACGGCUGUCAUUGUCGUGCUUGUACCGACCCCUACGCUAGCUCGGGUCUAUAUCCACCUGAGCGACUUCAAAGCGUUCAGCCAUUGCAACCAGGGCAGCCGCCAGGUUCUUUUACUACUUUUCCCAGGCCUGGUGGGUCCAGAAUUUUAGCUCCUGCCAUGCCACCGGGUUCACAACAUAGGGUCACUCCUCCUGCCAGCAGUGCCUCUUUUAAUCGAGGAAUACUCAGAGGAGGAAUAGUCGACGGUACCUUGCUAGGCAUCGAUGGAAUGGUAGAACCGGAAACUACUACUAAACUACACAUAGACGUUGAAGCUUUGCCAGGAUUCGGGAAAGGACUUCUUGGUUUAGGGAUUGAAGCGCUCGGAGGUACGUGUGGCAAAGGACGUGGAGGAAGACCUCCUGAUUUAGGUAGCAGAGCAAAUGUAAUUCUCGGGGGAGAUAAAGGAACAAAUAGUAUCCAAAAUCUUGGAGUUACCGCGAAAGGAUACGGUACUCAGGUCGUUAAGGAUGGUGGAAGUGCAUCUCACGAAGUAGUAAACAUGAUCCAUGAUCUUGGGAUUGAAGUAAUUGAAGAGGCUGCCGCUGCGGCUAGCAGAGUUAAUAGGGGAAUUGACGCUAUGAACAAAUAUGGAGCUAACAUAGGGAAAGCUGUCCAUGGAAUUGGAACUGUAGGAAGUAACUUUGGAAUUGAAAGAACCAUUGAAAUAGGAGCAAACAGUGGAAUGGGAGGCUACCGAGGACCAAGGAGAGGCCCCUGUAAAUAUUCUAAGACAUGUGCUCGAAUAUGAAUAUCCACCAAAACAUAGAAACAAUUUAAAAAUAUUUGCCAGCGAAUCGACCGUUCAAGAAAAAAAAACAAUACAAAAGUACAAGAAUCUAUAUUCCUUUAUUUGGUUGUGAGUAAAAUGUCCCACCAGCAGGUUGAACCAAUUUAGUAAAUGUAACAAAAAAAUUAAACAACAGUCAAUUUUGUAUGUAUUUUGUAUUCUUUGAUAAAAUAAAAUCUUUGACAAAGAAA